GGAAUUACCGGGGAGCUCCGCUGGUAUGGUCACCGGACUAGACAGGGGAAGCGCGCCGCGGCAGCCGGCUUGGUCAGCGUGGAUUUUUACUUGGAACAAAAUAGUAAAUCUCAGACAUGCAGCGAGGGAUACCCUACUGUUCUACACUGAACACCGGUGCUGGCAUAUAAGGUUAUGCCCUGUCCGCGCUAAACUGCCCGCACCUGCCAACGACUCGGGGUUCCGAACAGUGGAGACCAUCUCAGUGCACGGAGAAGGUUUCACUCUACAUGACGACAAACACAACAGUUACUCAAGAAUACAAUCAAAAAGUGGAACAAAAUACCAGGCAGACUUCGGCAUGUCCACCCUGAGAUGCAGACUACAGCAGGAAUUUACUGGCUAGCACGAAACCCAGUCGUGAAAGGAUUGGGGUGUGCAUUCAUGUUUUUCACGCAAGAAAGUUGAAAAACAAGCACUGCAGCUGAAUGCAACAGCAUCGU